CCGGGAGGCGCGCGCGCCGGGGCUUUCCCGGAAGGGGCUCGGCCGGGCGGGCCUGGGCCUGGCCGCCUCCGGGCCGGGGUAACUGUGCCUUUCGCCCGCAGCUCCGGAGCGCCUGGCCCCGCUGUGCCGGACGCCAUGAGUUGCUAAAAGUCAGCCUGCCCGAAAGCUGCCUUAGGGUGUGGUGUGGGGGCCCAGCGCCAUGUCGGACCUGCUCCUGCUGGGCCUUAUUGGGGGCCUGACUCUACUACUGUUGCUGACGCUGCUGGCCUUUGCCUGGUACUCAGGCCUGUUGACUGGGGUGGCAGUGAGUGCUGGCUCGCCCCUCAUCCGCAACAUCACUGUGGCCUACAAGUUCCAUGUGGGGCCCUAUAGCGACACUGGGCGGCUUUUCAUGGAGAGCUGCUGCGUCUCCCCCAAGCUCCGCUCCAUUGCUGUCUAUUAUGACAACCCUCACACGGUGCCCCCCGAGAAGUGCCGCUGUGCAGUGGGCAGUAUCCUGAGUGAAGGGGAAGAGUCGCCUUCCCCUGAACUGAUCCAUCUCUACCAGAAAUUCGGCUUCAAGAUCUUUUCCUUCCCAGCACCCAGCCAUGUGGUAACAGCCACCUUCCCUUACACCACUGCCCUGUCCAUCUGGCUGGCUAUCCGCCGGGUCCAUCCUGCCCUGGACACCUACAUCAAGGAACGGAAGCUGUGUGCCCACCCUCGGCUAGAGAUCUACCAGCAAGACCAGAUCCAUUUCAUGUGCCCACUGGCACGGCAGGGAGACUUCUAUGUGCCGGAGGUGAAGGAGACAGAGCGGAAAUGCCGGGGUCUUGUGGAGGCCAGUGAUGCCCAAGUGGACGAUACAGGAGCAGACAGGACCAGUGACACGAGUUCUGUCAGCCUGGAGGUGGGCCCCGGCAGCCGGGAGACUUCAGCCACCACGCAGUCCCUGGGGGCGAGCAGCCGAGGCUGGGAUGAUGGCGAUGACCGCAGCGAACACAGCUACAGCGAGUCAGGCGCCAGCGGCUCCUCCUUUGAGGAGCUGGAUCUGGAGGGGGAGGGGCCCUCGGAGGAGUCCCGGCUGGAACCUGAGGCCAGACCCCUGGGGGCCCCUUCAGGACCUCAGAACCCCUGAGGAGGGGGAGCGGUCGCUGUGCCCUGUGCCCCUCGAGGACCUGAGCAAGCUCUCCAGCCCUCUUCCUCGUUUCCUUCCCCACAUGGCCUGGGGCCUGGGGCCUGGGGCUCUGACCUCGCCCACCCCAGGGCUCUGGCCCAGCCUGUCCCUCGUUGCCCUCUGGCUCACAGGGCUGGAGGAGCCAGGGUCUGUUGCUUGCAUCAGCCCCCUGGGUGGCUGCCCCGUGGUCUUUUUUCAGCCUCAUAUUGGAGCUUCCAGAAUCCAGAAUAAAACAGAUGAUUUUCUUGUUUCCUCUUGA